AUGAUACCUCAGUGCAAUAGUGGCUUUAGUCUUUCAAAUGGGGAGACAGUCAUGACAUGUACAGAGAAUGGCUGGUCCCCACCUCCCAAAUGCGUCCGAAUCAUUUUCAAUGGUCAACAAAAAUUUUUGAUCAUGAAAACUGCUUUUCCUUUUAAUAAAAAGAUUCUUAACAAGAAGUACACUCUUCUAACCUCAGGCCCAGAGACAAAGAAAACUAUUGGACAAAAUACUUGCUCUUCUCCCCUAAUUAUUCCUGCCUCUCUCUACAAGGAGAGUGAUCUAUUCAUUCUCUGUCAGAUGCAACAGAAAGGAGAUGGGUGGCUAGAAGACGGAAAUCACAUAGGGAGAUUAAUUCAAGUCAAGGAAACAGUUUGUGUAAGACACAGUCGUAAAGAAAUAUUAAGGCUAAUGGACUCUACUAAAGAUUUGGAUGACAUAAAAAUGGAAGAGGAGAGGAGAUAUGCAAACAUGGACAACGAACAGACAGAUAUUUCAGUUUGCAAUGGCCUGGAGUUUUCUAUGGAUAUGAGAGCUAAAGAGCUAUUGAUAAAGAGGAAGAGCUUUGAAGAUUUUGGUGUUUUUCCUUUGUGUCCUUAUAGCAGUGUUUUCCCCCUGCUGAAGUUUUUCCUCUCUGUAAAGGAUCAAGCCUCUUUGGGGUCUGCAAUGGUGCCAGGGGUAGGUCUGAUCCGUCUUGAAUUUCUGUGUGCACAAGAAACAUGUUCACAUUCAGACAUAGAAAUUCAGAAUGGUUUUUUUUCUGAAGCUACUACUCAAUAUCCCUUAAAUAAACAAGCAGAAUACAAGUGCAAACCAGGAUUUGCAACAGCAAAUGGUGAAACUUCAGGAACAAUUACCUGUCAGCUAACUGGAUGGUCAGCUCAACCUAAAUGCUUUAAAUCUUGUGAUAGGCCGGGAUUUGAAAAUGCUCUAAUUAAAAGAAUUGGUGCACGGUUUAUGCUCAAUGACCAGCUGGAGUAUCAAUGCAAACCUGGCUAUGAAACCAAAGCAGGAAGGACCGGUGGUUCCAUAGUGUGUGAGCUCAACGGUUGGUCUGAUCAACCUUUAUGUCUUGAAAAACAAUGCACUGUUCCGAAUUUAGAUGAAAACAUAUUGGCUAUGCCCUCAAAAAGAAAAUAUAGAAUUGGAGAGGUGUUGAAAUUCUCUUGUCGAAAUGAACUUGAGAGAGUUGGACCAGAUUCAAUUCAGUGCUAUCACUUUGGAUGGUCUCCUAGUCCUCCAACAUGUAGAGAUCGUGUUAAACGUUGUGGUUCCCCGCCUUCACUUUUGAAUGGAAAAUCGACAGAAGUGGAGAGAGAAGCCUAUGAACACAGUGCCGUGGUGGAAUAUGUUUGUGAUCCUCAGUUUCUGAUGAUAGGUUCUAGGAAGAUUCAGUGUGUUGAUGGAAAUUGGACACCUCUGCCUAUAUGCAUUGCGGAGAAGAGUACAUGCCGAGAUAAACCUGAACUUGAGAAUGGCUUUGCUGAUUCCUCUGCUCCUUUUUAUUAUCAUGGAGAGUCAAUCGAGUUCAAAUGCACAGAUGGAUUCACAAUGAUUGGAGAGAAAUCAGUUACAUGUUUCCGUGGAAGAUGGACCCAACUUCCUACGUGCAUCGGUCAAACAAUACAGGUCUGCCCACCUCCACCUCAGAUUCCCAAUAGUCAAAUUAUGACGACCACAGUCAAUUACCGGGAUGGAGAAAGAAUAUCAAUUCUCUGCCAAGAAAAUUAUGUAAUGCAGGAAUCAGAAGAAAUGGAGUGCAAAAAUGGAACCUGGCAGUCAAUACCACGCUGUGUAGAAAAACUUCCAUGUUCUCAGCCACCUCAGAUUGAACAUGGAAGCACUACAUCAGCUAGGUCUUCACUGGGGCCCGAAGUUUACCCACAUGGCACCAUACUGAAUUACACUUGUCAAGCUGGCUUUAAGAUAUUUGAAGAAGACAACAAGAUAACGUGCUCCCUGGGAGAAUGGAGUAUUCCACCUCGGUGUGUAGGACUUCCUUGUGGAACUCCACCUCAGAUUUCCCAUGGUAUACCUCAGUUACACAACGGAGAUGGUUACCAAUACGGAGAAGAAGUUAUGUACAGCUGCGCUGACGGUUAUAGAAUUGAUGGAUCUGCAAUCGCAACAUGUUUAGGAGGAAAAUGGUCCAGUCCACCAGAAUGCAUAGAAAGUGUUGCUUGUAGUCCUCCACCCAGGGUUGAACAUGCUAUCAUACAAAAUGAGAUGGUGAGGUAUCCAUCUGGUGUGCAGGCGCGUUAUGAAUGUGAAAAGCCUUUUAAACUCUAUGGAAACACAGCAGAAGUGCAGUGUUUAGAUGGCAAAUGGACAACACCUCCUCAAUGUAAAGACGCUGUAGGAAAGUGUAGUCCCCCUCCACCUAUAGCAAAUGGAGAUACUAUUUCACAGCAACUUAAGGAAUAUGCUCCAGAAUCAAGAGUUGAUUACCAGUGCCAAUCUUAUUAUAGACUCGAAGGACACAGGACUAUAGUAUGCCGCAAUGGGCAGUGGUCAGAACCACCCAAAUGCAUAAGUCCCUGUGUAAUAUCAGAAGACAUCUUAAAUGAACAUAAUAUAACCUUCCGAUGGGUGGAUACAAAGAAACUUUAUACUGAGUCAGGAGACUUUGUUGAAUUUGACUGUAAACGGGGAUAUCGUAGAACGUCACCAGAUGAAACAUUUCGAACAACCUGUCAUGAUGGAAAAUUAGCAUAUCCCACUUGUGCUUUAAAUUAA